GAGAAUAAGUGACCCACACAGGAUCAUUCCUGGAGCUGCAAGGCCAAGGACACAGAUCUGGACCCUCCCAGGGCAGACUUUCUGCAGCUUGAAGGAGCUGACCAUGGAUAUCAGGCGUGUGAAGGACUAUUUCUCCUGGCUCUACUAUCAGUACCAAAUCAUUAGCUGCUGUGCUGUCUUGGAGCCCUGGGAGAGAUCUAUGUUCAACACCAUCUUACUAACCAUUUUUGCUAUGGUGGUGUACACUGCCUAUGUCUUUAUUCCAAUCCACAUUCGCCUGGCUUGGGAAUUUUUCUCAAAAAUGUGUGGAUAUCACAGUACAAUUUCUAAUUGAUCUUGUCUGCAUUCUGUGAAAUGGCACUGCAUAUUUAUAUGUUGCUUACAACUCAUUGAUUUAGGUGACUACUGUGUCUUUCACUAUCUGACCUGAAAAGCGUUCUUCUCUAUGCACUCAUAUAUCCUGCCUGAAAUUUGAGAUAGAUGCCUCUUUAAUUUCUUUUGUACAUGCUACAUUGUGCAUUAGACCAUAGAUAAAAGAAUGAAUUUACCUCACAUACUGUAGCCAUUCAAUGAAAAUCUAUGACUUUAGAUUUUUUUUUAAAUCAGGACAAUUUCAUAUAAAAUUUUUCCAGAAAAUAGGCUUAUAAAAGAUCUAUCAGAAUCAUAUAUAAAAUGCUCCCUGAUACCUAUUCUAUACUGAAGGGUAUAUUUUAAAAUUUUUCUUCAUAGGCUACUGUCAGAAGUAUCCUAUAUUUGUUUACAAUGUAUAAUAAAAAGAUGUGAAUAAAUCACAUGGACCCCCUAAAGUUUUAUUUUCUAGUAAACUGCUGAUACCUAGAAUUCUUUAACUUCAAGUGCAAAAGAAUAGGCUGGAGGCAAUUAUUUCCUUUCAGACAAGGUUCAUAAAUUGUUUCAAAUGCCUCUGAAAGUCUGGCUUUAUAACAGUUUAAAAUCAACAGUGUUGAUUUUGGAUAACCAAGUAAGUAUUAUAAUACAAAACAAUUUUAAGUAUAAGAAACAAAAUAUAAUCAAAGUAAAUUCAGAUAUUGUGACUUUUGAUGUUGCCUUGCCUUGCAUGAUACUGAGGAAAAAAGAGAAAAGAAAUUGUUUUCUUUCUGUGCUUUCACUCAGUGGAGGAAAAAAAGAAGCAUGUACUAGGCUACAGGAAGAAAAGCUAAUAAAUAGACUGGAAGUAAUAUUCUACCAGCAGGAACUCAACAGCUCCAGGUUAAGUGCUUUGAUAUAGUGGCUCCUUUGCAGAGCAGAAACAAGAUUUAUUAAAUUUUCUUCGAAGUGUUUAUCUUAAAAAUAAAUAUGAGUUUUUAAUUAUACUGCUGAAUCAAAUGUGAAUGCCAAAGACCAAGCCUUGCAAUUUUUCUUUCCUCUCAAUAAAUAUUAAUGUUAGUAAUUCUGGAGAGUAAAAAUGUAAAUAGCUUUUGGACAGUAUUUGCACCCUUGCCUCUGUUAUAAAAAAAAAAUUUCCAGGGAGAGAUAGAGAAAAAGAUGUUUGGCAUGCCAGAUUAAUUUGCAUGUUUGUUUAAAAAAAAUGUUUCAAAGAAAAUUCAGAUCUGAACAUGUAUUUGUUGAUUUUUG